AUGCGUGCUAAGCAAGCGUUGAAUCGUAACCCUAGCAAUGGAUCAACAUUUCACUUGCAACACGUCGAAAGACAUAGCAUGCCAACCAUCAAUUUUAAGAAUAUAAUUGAUGAAGUGCAUCAACAUCGAUCACAACCACCACGUUAUCAACAAUCAUCAUCACCUUCGAAUUUGAAUCCUAUUGGUUCUCAUCUUCCAUUCGUGACUGGCGUCAAAGCAAUACAUACAUCACCAAAGCUGCGUCAAAUGUUCAUUGAUGCUUGUGAAUAUGAAUCUGUUAAAGCUACAAUUCCACUGUUGAAUUGUGAGACGCGCGUUGAAAUUCCACAUUUUUGA